CAUUUCUGAGAAGAAGCGGAGGUUCUUCCUGUGUCCUUGUGCCAGAAGCGCGUUGACAGAAGGCUCCUUCAAGAUGUUUAGACACGUGAUUGGGGUCCAGCAGGUGGCGCGGCGAAGCAUCAGCGGCUCCGUCCGGCGGCAGAUACAGAACAAAGUCCCGGAGAAACAGAAGCUGUUCCAGGAAGACAACGGACUCCCGGUCCACCUGAAGGGAGGCAGCGCUGACGCGCUGCUCUACAGGUUCACCAUGGUCCUCACCGUCGCAGGAGCCUGCUACACUGUGUACGAGCUGGGGAAGGCGGCGUUCCCUCAGAGGAAGUAGCUCCGCCCACCUGUUUACCUCCACCUGCCCUAACGGACCAGUCGCUCCAGUUUGUGUAAAAAUAAUUCUGUUUCCUGUUCAUGGAGCGCCAUCUUGUUUCCUUCUGCACCGACCCGCGGAUCAAUAAACGGAAAAUAUACCUCUGACGACCAAAA